AAUUAGACUUGAAGUACAAUUACAGGUUAAUUUCUAUUUUUCAGUUAAACUGAUAAAAAGGGCUUUUUUUCAACAUUGCAUCACAUCACACAAUGUCCCAGUUUCAUGUUAUAUCUGCUCAUUUUCUCUUUCAACCAUUUUCAUCUUCACUGAUUGUCAUAAUCUAACCACCUGUGGGUUGAGCACAGAGAAAGAUAUGAUUGGUUACUCACCACGACACCUGCACUGUCCUCAACUGGGUCUCAUUGCUGCCACACUCUGUGUCUCCUAUGGUGAAUACAUCUCCUGAUCCUAUCUUUGUCCUGCCAUCUUUGACUUAUAAAAGACUGGGAAUUAUCAGGUCUUGGUCCAUGUAUUGAUGACAUUACCAGCCAAAAAUUAGAUAAAGUUGUUUUAAUGAGUGAAAUAUCUGCCAGUGGACUAAUAAAAAGGUGCUUGUCAAGUUUCCUAACAAAGAAGUUAAAUUUCUCAGAAUAAAAAAAUCUUAUAAGUAAAUUUCUUCGUACACCAUUGGCAUGUUUUUUGACAAAUUAAAGGCAAUUCAGGUCUUAACUUUGGCUUGUCAUUUCUUGAAAAAAGCUAAUCAACUUUUCAACUCUUUUAAGACAUUGGCAACUAAAAUAUCAAUGCUGUAGACUCUGUUUUGUUGAGGGUAAUGCGUAAAGGGGUCAAAUUGCAACUGUAAGUAACAGCAUGUUUCCUGUUAAUCUUGCAUCUUCCUCUCCAAUGCAACUGUCUGCACAUGAGAAACCUCUCUACAGGAGACAGGAAGUUUCCUGUGCUUGCACAUGUUGCCACAUGAACAUAUGAGAGGCCUGAUAGGAGCCGGUAUCAACCAUGUCACUUCCUCUUGCUCUGCAGUGAGGAACAACCAUGCAACACAUUCCCUGCCAUAUAUAUAUCUGAAAUCAUGUGUGUGUGUGUGUGUGUGUGUGUGUGUGUGUGUGUGUGUGUGUGUGUGUGUGUGUGUGUGCUUUUUCUGGAUGGUUAGCCUUAUCUUCCCUUCCAUGCACAUUCACGAUGUAUGCUGCACCAGAUGGCCAGAGAACACAGAGCUGCUAAUGGCACCACUUGAUCAUGUCUUUGCUUUGCAAUAAAUCAGUAUAUUAACAACGUACAUAAAUGCCAUAUACAGAGCAUUUGAUUGAUCCCCAUGUGACGCAUAAAGACGUUUCAUAAAGGAGCAGAAACACUUAAAGGACAAUGUAGAUUUAGCCAUGCGUGCCUGAGUGUUAGUCCACAGAAGAGAUCUCACGGGCAUCAUCUGCAAUUUGAAUACAUUUACUUGAAUGUAAUUAGAAUGGCUUUACAUGUUUGCAUUUACAUACAUUUUCACUUUACAGAGGUGCAAUUAGUGAUGAACAUGUGGAAGAAUUAAUAGCCCUGAAUAAAUGACUGUAUGCUGAAACGGCUUUUAUUAUUAGUUUAUUGGGAACAAGUAGUUAUGAGUUUAAAUCCAUAGGAGAGCUGUAAAGUUGCAUGUCAGCCCCACGUAUAAUCAGACUCACCAGGACAGAGGUGGUGUGUUUCUAACGGUACAUUACUGCUCCCAUGUGGUGAAAAAGAAGACUGACUGCACUUCUGAGGCGUGACUUCAACCAAAACAAGAAGAGGAACAUACUUUCACCACAAAUAUGCACACACAACUUAUAUUGUUUGUUUGUUUUUAUUCUAUAUUUUAAGAUACUUAUUUAAGAUUUUUGCCUUACAUAAUUUUGAAUAAACUGAAUGGGAUUUUUUGUGGUAUGCACAAAAUUGUAAAAUAACGGUUUCUUUAAAAAAUAUAUAAGGCAUAGCAACUUUUCCCUAGGAUCACAGUUCUUCUUCAGCUAUUACCAGUCCAAAUGACAAGCAUGUUUUCUAUUAGAUCCACAUUUUACAUUGAACUUUGGCUCAUAGCUCAACUGUUUUAUUUUAUGUGUUUUUUUUUUUUUACUUUGCAGUGAUUUCCACAAUAACCUCGUCUGUUUUUAAUACAAAGCCACCUGAGGGUCAGAAAUAACAGCUAUCCAGAUUUCAGUUCCUUAAAUAACUGAAAAAAAUGACUGAACUCUUUCACGAUAUUCUAAUUUUUUUAGAUGCACCUGUUUGCUGACCGAAGGGAUACAAGACAUCAUCUAUAAACUGAACAGUUGCAUGUUGUAUAAGGAGAGAAUGGGCAUUACUCAGCUGAAAAGAAAGGGAAAAUAUAUAUUAUGACUGAUGAAAAAGCUUUAAAUAUGUGUUCAGUAGACAUUAUUAUAGACUUUGCAAGAAUAUAUGAUCAAGAUGUAAGAGCUGCUUUAUUUGCCUUAAAGUGAGAAAUUGGGUUGGUGAAAGUAAGGGUUAAAAAUGGGCUCUUAUCGAUGCAUUUAAGAGGACAAAAUUCACGCAUUGUACUUUUCUGUAUCAGUACAUUUAGAUCGUUCGUCUCCAUUAUUACUGAGAGUGAAAUCCUCUAAUAUUUUAUUCAUUUGAUAUUAAAUUGUCUAUGUUUUCUCUUGUUACACUGCUGCAGGCCCUCUGUGUUACUCAUUUAGUCUUGCCGUCAUCUGUGUCGGCAUGAGGAUUUCUGUUAGGGCAGCCAUGAGUGUGCAUGUGAAGUUGGAGAUCAGUUUGCAACAAGGGCUCUAUAUAUAGCUUGGAAGGGGAGUGGGUGACCCAGUCUGACUACAACUCACUCUCCCUCGGACCCUGACUCUCUUUCACCUGUCUACUGUUUAUUUUUUCUGUUUUUGUUUUCAGUUUCUGUUUGAAGAGGAUGUGAGGUGUAAGUACUUAAUCCCCAGUAUGUUCAUUUCUUUCUUUGUUUCCUACACAGUGACUUUUAUUUGUUUUGUACAUCUCAGCUCCCUCAUGACAACCUGAUAGGGCUCAGAGAGAAUGGCUUUGCCCCUUGGAAAUGGAGCUUUCAUCUGUGAUCUAUGAGACUACAGUGCUGUGAUAAGUAAAGUUGGAGUCAGGGAUGACCAUGUGCCAGUUGGAGGAGCCAGAGGCCAGACUAGGCCUGAACAGUCCUGACCUGCUGGUUAAAGAAGCUUUCCUGAUGGCCCAUGACUACAUAGACUAUGUAACCACUGGGGGGGCAGAUGGCACCUCGGGUCCUGCCCCCACAGCCUGCACCGCAGCCCUUCGCCACGCUGGGGACGAACUCCUCGCCCGCUUUCCCAUCUUCUUCAGGCGUUGGCCUCGUAUCUUCCAGGACGUGACGGAAGACUCGGCCUGCCCCAUGCUCACCAGCAUCCUGGACGAGCACUUCUUUCCUCAGGCUCCAGGGGGGCGUCGCAGGGAACUGGCCUGGAGUGCGGUGCUGUCUGUGUAUGUAUUGGCUGGACAGAUGGCGCUGCAUUGCCAUGAGAAGGGCAUGGUAGGGGUCCUGCCUCAACUGAAGGAGUGUGUGGGGGCCUAUGUGGAGAGGGUCAUCUGCCCUGACAUAAGAGAGAAGGGAGGAUGGGUGAGUGUUCACUGAUGAAAUCUACAUCUACAGAGGGACUUAAAUAAGCUGAUUCUACAUUAAAUACAUACACUGCUGUACUUUAUAAAGCAACAAAGUCAAACCCCUGCAACCGUAUUCAAGGGGGUUAAUAACGGGGAAAUUGACCGCAGUGAUUAAAUAUUUAGUGAUGCUGGGCUCCAUUAUUAGUGGAUUAAAUGGCUGCAAUAGGGCUUCUGCCAUUUUAGUAAAUACUAUUUAUCACGAUGCACUUCCCAGCUAGAUUUUCUGUAUUGUUGUAGGCCAAUUUUACCUCAUGUUUUGUUACUGCAGAUCCUAAAACUGCAAUUUGAAGACCACAGUUCUGGGACUACAUUUCUCAGAUCAUUGUUGUUAUGAUAGUUAGGGUUUAGGUAAGGCUGGGAGUUGUAUGUAGACUCUAAAAUUGGUUACAUUUCACCUUUACAGUGCAGUCCUACAUGCUCAAAUGCAAGAAGUGAUGCUGUAAACAACACUAACUGUCAACUUACUGUUGCUAAAGCUGCUACAAUGAUCUGUGUAUUGUCUUUAUCAAUAAUUUAAUAGGUUUUGAACAUUAAUUUCAAGUAGAUUAGAGUUCACACAGCAAUGAUUGUAAAAUGUAGCUCUUGUAGCGGCAAAAUCAUUUCAGUGUAACUGUAAAAUUCAGGUUUCUUAAGACUUACAACUGUACAAGUGUAACUUUCUUAGCGUGCUGAAGGAGAAAGGAUGAUCCUAGGAAAGUAAUAAAUUAAGAUUUUCAUCAUAUACCCAUCAGAGAUUGUAAACUACUUGUUUUUUUUCUGACAGAAAGGAUUUGUAUCACGCUUUGGGAAGAAGCAGGGUCUGGAGAGCCUGGUAAAGAAGGUCUGCUGUUUGACAUUGCUGGCAUUGGCUGUUAGCAUCCUCACCUACUGCAUAUGGAAGAGAAUGGUGUAGCCUAGUGGCCACAACUACAAAUUGACUGAGCUAAAAUGGCUGCAGAGGCACAGAGUGAAAGGUGAAACACUUAGCUCAAAGUGAAACAUGACUAUUUUCACAGCAGGUUGGUCAUAAUUUCUAAGUGUUUCUCAAAGAUUGCUUAAUCAGUAGUCAACCCAGAUUUUAUAGAAUAGCCAUGCAGCGAGUCUAACACCCUCCUUUCAAUAUAACCAAUUGGCUACUUGUUACUAUGCUAGGCACUGUGUAACAUGAUUUCAAGCUGAAGUAAAAUGUUUGUGUGUUUUUCAUAUCCAUUUGUGGCUCACACAAGUUACACAACUACACUUUAUUUACAGUGUAGAAAACAAAUAAAAGAUGUACUGUAUAAGCACAAUGUUUACCUCCUUUUCUUUUAAAAUGGCAUUUGUG